AUGGGUACACAUCAACUAAUAUUAACUGAAAAUUGUGAAAAUGAAUUAAUGGUAGAUAUUUUUAGAUUUACUUCUUCAGUUAUUUUGGAGAUUCAAAAGAAAUUUCCAGUUCAUCUAUUAUUGAAUGCAAUGCAAAUACUUAAUCUAAAAGAAUGGCUAAGAAAUAAAGAAGAAUUGUUAAAAUUUGAAGAUGUAGAAUUGGAAGAAUUGAUUAGAUUUUAUAAAAAAUCUUAUUUAUCAAAUUAUUCUAUUCUGAUAAUUGAUUCUGAAAAUAUAAGAAACGAAUGGUAUUUUUUUAAGAAAAUUGUUUAUUGA